GACCAAGGGACAGUAGAAAUCACUAAAUUGAACAAAAAUCGACUUCAUUGUUGUGUCCCACGUUGUAAUUGGGAUUCGCGAUAUCACGGCAAGCUGUCUUUCCAUCGUUUUCCGAAGCAUUACGCUCUAAGAAAUCAGUGGAUCAUCAAAAUAAGAAGAAACGAAGGAUCUUACUUCACGGUAAACUCUUAAGUUAAGAAAAGUGAGUACUAAAUUUACUUUCCAUGAAGCAGGAUUGUAAGAAUGUUUGUGUUGUCUUUUUCUUUAGAUAACAAACAAUACAAGGGUCUGUUCCAGGCACUUUUUGGAAAGCGAUUAUAGGCCUCCAACCCCAACAGGAAAGGCUUUACUGAGAACUGGCGUUGUACCCUCGGUAUUCAAUUGGCGUACGAACACUUAG